AUGCCAGGUGACCGCUAUUCCGACAGCUCGUUCCCCAACGAUCGCUACUCGCGCCACGCUGAGCCCACCAGUAACAUGCAUCCUUACUCAACAACUCGCUACGUGCCCGCUAGGCCAGACUUUUCUCGCUCUCAAACCAUGCCUCGCGGCCCGCUUCCAGGUCCUCCCCACGGCCCCAUGUACCCGGACUACCCCCCCUCCGAUCGCGGUUACCCGCAGCACCACGCUCCUCCUCACCCCACCUACACGCGACACCACCACUCCUACUACGACGAGCGCGGCCCGCUGCCGCCUCCGCCUCUCCACCACCGACAAUCUCAUCACGAGGAGUCUUACUACGCCUACGACGGUCGUUCGCCCACCGCGACCAGCCCUGCACAGCCGCAGGCCCCCUACGCAUACGGUCACCAUGCUCACUCGCAGCAUCCCGGCCACGCCGCGCACCCGCAUCAACCGCACCACGCCUCCUCCUUCUCUUCCACGGGCUCGUCCGCCUCUUCUUCGCUUCACACCAUGCGCGCGUCCAUCUCGCAUCCCAUGGCAGCACCCACAGGCUCGCACCAGCAGCCCACGUACCGCGGUCACAUCAAGACGACCAAGGAUGCCAUCCUUCUGCUCGCCGCCUGCGACCUCGUCGACGAUGCCGGUGCUCCGGGCGUGCCUCCUCCGCGUCGCGUUCAUCGCCGUCUGCUCGACUCGGAGCGCGCCGACCUCAUCUGCUCCGGCAGCAUCUUUGUCUGGGACGAAAAGGAGGCCGGCAUGCGUCGUUGGACCGACGGCAAGUGCUGGUCCGCCAGUCGCGUCAGCGGCUGCUUCCUCACUUACAGAGAGCUCGAAGCACGCAAGAAGCCAUCGUCGUCCAUCACGGGCGGCCCCACCUCGAACCUCUACAAGGCCGAGGGCCUCAUCAAGCAAUCUUUCAGUAUGACCACCACUUCCGGUCGCAAGCUGCACGUCAUCUCGUACUACACCAAGCGCGAUGUGCGUGAAGGGCUUCUGCGCCGCGUCAGUGAAGACCCGCGCUUUGUUGGCGAGAGCGGCGGCGAGUGGGGCCUUUCCGUCGACGAGGCCGAGUAUCCUGAUCCGAUCAGCCGUGCCGGCGACCUUCCUCCCGGUGUCAGCCCUGAGGAUCUUGAAGGCUCCGCGUCGCCUCCUCCGUCCUCGGCGAACCUCGAGCCUGCCGACCUGCGCGCAUCUCACGGUGCGGCCGUGAUGCACUCGAGAGGGGCUGACAACGCUGCUCGCCACUCGUCGCCUGGUGCAAGAGCGCUCCCGGAAAGGUCGGUCAUGGAUCGCAGCCGCAUCUCACCCAGCUCGAGGGAGACGCACCUAGUCUCACCACGCGAGUCUGCAUCGAGGCGGAACUUCGACGGCCUCGUGCCUGCUUACCGACACCCGGUCAAGGCCGAUCCCAUCGACAGGCUGUCGUAUGCUGCUGAUGUGACGCCGCUGCACGAGGCACGCGGUCUGUUGCCCAUCCGACCCAUUCCGGUGGACUCGCAGUAUGCCGAGCUCACCGUGCGUCACAGCAGCAACGAGGCAGCACCCGAUCUGUCGCCUCGCGAGGCGGGCAUGCUCUACGGCCGCAAGCGAUCCUACCAAGAGUUGCGCGGCACUGCUGCGCUGUCGCACGACGAUGCGGCCAACGAGCCCAAGCCGACGCGUCCUCGCUUGCAGCGCAUGCGCAGCUCGAGCAUGAGCAACCAGUACACGCUGGCCAAGGACGUCUUGGCACCGAUCCGCCCUAUGGAUCGAGCCGGCUCGGACGACGAGGGCGUUUCCAUGCUGCGUUCGACGCAUGGUGCACCGGCUGGCUUCAACAAGGACCAGCAGCACGAUUCUGCGGUCGGGGCCCUGCUCAGUUUGCGCAGCGGCAGCGGAAGUGGAUCCAGCGAUGACUCGCCUACGACCACUGCACCUAGCAGUGCCGAGGCGGACGACGUCUCUGCUAAGCCUGCCUUCUCCAGGAUGGAUCGCGCUGCUCUGGAUCGCUUCAGCGUUCGUAUUUGA